CUUGUAAUCAUAAGGAGAUGAAGAGGAAGAACCAAAUUUUGCUCUUAUUUGUCAUCAUCUGUCUUACCAGCUGUCUCGAAAACUUGAGUGCCAAACCAGUACUUACUAAGAAGAGGGGAAAUGAAAUGGAUUAUGAGGUUCAUGUCGGAGUCAUCCUCGAUAUGGGGUCGUUGGAGGGAAAAAUUCUUCAACGUUGCAUUUCCAUGGCAAUUUCUGACUUUUACAGCGGGCACCAUUACUAUAAAACAAGGCUAGUUCUCCACACCAGGGACUCCAAAGGAGAAACUCUCAACGCUCUCUCUGCUGCUCUUAAUCUCUUGGAAGAUGCCAAAGUGGGAGCAAUCCUUGGUCCACAAACAUCAUUGGAAGCAAAGUUUCUGGCUGAGUUUGGGGACAAGUACAAAAUCCCAGUGAUUUCAUUUUCCACACCUGGUUCCUUUCCGACCACAACCAGGUCUCCUUACUUUGUUCAAAUUGCACAUGACCAAAACUCAGAAGUUAAAGGUAUUGCAGCUCUUAUUGAACUAUACAAAUGGAGGAAUGUCAUCCUUAUCCAUGAGGAGAAUGAUGACUUGAAUCUUGAUAAUACCAUAUCUUUCAUGGCUGCUUUCUUUGAAGAGAAAAACAUACGCAUUGCAUUUAUGAGUGCAAUUGCUGCAUCAUCUGAAGAUGAUCAAAUCAUUGAACAACUUCAUGAGCUCAGGACAUUGCAAACUGCAGUAUUCAUUGUGCAUUUGUCUCAUUUUCUUACAUCUCGCCUUUUCAUAAAUGCAAAAAGAUUGGGAAUGAUCAGCGAAGGGUAUGCUUGGAUUGUGACUUCUAAGGGCAUGAAUCAUUUGCAUUUAAGAGACUCAUCUAUCGUUGAGUCAAUGCAAGGCGUCCUUGGUUUUAGGUCUUAUAUUCCAGCAUCGGAAGAGCUGCACAAUUUUACUUCAAGAUUAAGAACAAAACUUUUUACUGAGGGGCCCCAUGCGAUUCAAGACAUGCAGUUAAAUAUACUUGGUUCAUUGGCCUACGAUGUUGCCUGGAGCCUAAAAACUGCAGCCGAAAGGGUAGCGGUGAAAGUUUCUUUUAACAGCAAUCUAGAUGCUAGAUCAAACUCAAUGGAUUUAGAUAUCUAUAGAACAUCUAUGUAUGGUUCAAUACUUCUCCAAGAGAUACAGCGCAGUAACUUUAAGGGUUUAAGUGGUGAAUUUCGAUUCAUCAAUGGGAAGUUAAUCUCAAAUGCAUUUGAGAUAGUUAAUGUGCUAAGUAAUGGGGAAAAAAGAGUUGGAUUUUGUACUUCCACUGGAAAAAUCACAAGGGAAAUAUAUGAAUCCAAUCAUAGAAGACAGCUGUCUUUCACCAACAAUCUCGAGUCGAUAAUCUGGCCCGGUGGGUCUUCUACCAUUCCACAAGGUCGGAUGUUGCAAACGAGUGGUAAAAUCCUUAGAAUUGGUGUGCCUUCACAAGUGGGGUAUCCGCAAUUGCUGGAGCAGAAACAUGAUCCUCGCAUCAACGCUACAACGUUCACUGGUUUCUGUAUAGAUGUUUUUAAAGCUGCCAUAGAGGGUUUGGACUAUCAACUGCCAUAUCAAUUCAUCCCUUUCGAGGAUCCCAACGGAAAGAGUGCUGGAACUUACAAUGAGCUCAUUUACCAAGUUUAUCUCCGGGAAUUUGACGCUGUCAUCGGGGACACAACGAUCACAGCAAAUAGAUCCUUGUAUGCAGAUUUCACGACGCCAUACACUGACAUUGGCGUUGGAAUAGUGGCCCCAACCGAAAAUAAAGACAUGUGGAUUUUCUUCAAACCGCUUACGCCACAACUUUGGCUAACAAUUGUCGGUUUUCACAUCAUAACCGGAUUUCUCAUUUGGCUAAUUGAAUGUCAAAGUCCUCGCCAUGGCGCUGAAGGCUUACCGCCCCAACGAAGUGGGUUCCCCUUCUCAAUCCUCGUUGGUCGUUGGGAACAGUUGAGAAACAACUGGUCAACAUUUUUAGCUGUUGUUUCGCUGUUCGUAAUGUUUAUAUUAAGUUCCAGCUACACUGCCACGCUGGCUUCAAUGAUGACGGUCCAGCAUAUUGAAUUGAACUCCAAGGGAAGUUACAUUGGAUACCAUGCGACUUCAAAUAUCACGAAAGGAGUUUUGAUCAGCAACCUAAAUUUUGAAGACAAUACCCUUAAGCCAUUUAGUUCCAUAGAACAAUUUGCUGAUGCAUUAUCAAAAGGAAGCAAAAAUGGUGGCGUCUCCGCCAUCCUUGAUGAGAUAACAUACAUCAAGAUAUUUCUUGCAGAGUAUUCUGCCGAUUAUUCCUUGAUCAAAACCUUUUCUAUCACCAAUGGCUUUGGCUUCGUUUUUCCCAAAGGUUCACCACUGGUUCCUGACAUAUCGAGGGAAAUUGCGAGACUGAGGGAAAGCGGGAGGCUUAAUAUGUUGGAAAAUACAUGGUUUAAGAGCAAAGCAUCACUGACGUCUGGGGAUAGUGUAGACAAUGUGAGGCCUCUUACUCCUACUAACUUUGGCGGGUUGUUUCUUAUCAGCGGAAUUCUCUCUGUUGUAGCAUUUCUCAUAUUUCAAAUCCCUCUGCUCAACGAAUAUUGGCAUGCUGUGAGAAAUCGGAUGAUAAACCCCAUCAAUGUUUGGAGGCAAGUUCAUCGGUUUGGAAAGGAGUAUUUCCUUUCUGAUAUUGUUAGAAGGAUUAGGACAGUAAAUUCUGCUGCAACACAUCCGCAGGUGCAAAUGAUUUAACUUCAGCAGAGACAGCCUGUCAGGACAUCUUAUGACAUCUUAUUCCCCUUUUUCUAAUUCCUUAAAC